UUUUAUCAAUUUAUUAUUUUAUUCUCAUUCUACGUGACUUUACCGAAAGAACCAAAGAAGAUGAAUCAUUGCAGUCACGAAAGCUUUAAAUCGAAAUUUAUUAUCAUCCACUCGGGUUUCUCUGGCCUCUGUUGUUUAUGCGAUUUUAAAAAAGGGCCAUUUCUUUUUUUACACUUUUAAGACCACCCCCCCAGCAUUAUUGUACGUACAUAUGUUGAACUCUUUUUGCACCGUACGUAGCCAACCGCGCUAAUCGGAAGUGCGGUUUGUAUGUACGUAUUUUGAACUCCUUUCGUGCUGUACGUAGCCAACCGUGCUAUUUGGGAGGAGCAGGGGAAGGGCAAAACAUUAAACACUGAAAGCAGUUCACAUUUAUAAUUGACAGAUUUUUAUUUUUGGUAAAUUGCGCACCACUGCCAGUGGAGCAUCGCUAAAUUGUUUGUGCUAACAUCGAUUAUCUGUUAUUGCUGCACGGCACUUUGGCUGUGCGUACGAACUAGGAUUUUGAACAAACCCCCAAAAAUAUUCAACAUUCUUUCAUGUGCGACACGGCGAACAAUACGUAAUUUUAAAGCUAGAGUUGUGGCAUUUCAGUUUUAGCAGAAUUUACAAUAUUCAUAAAUAGUGUGCUUUACUUUUCAUGGCAACUAAGGGCUCCAGGAGCUAUUAAAUCCGUCUUCUUCAGUACAAUCUUGGCAAACUUUAGAUUUGCUCUAAACAUCUUUCUCAGAAGUAUGCAGCAUCAAGCCAUUCCUCUUCCGCUGCCUGUUUUUUGCAAUGAAAACAACGCAUCCUAACAUUCGCUCGCUCCGCUUUUGUGUGAAGCAAAAAGCCAGAGGGGGGACGCCUUGAAAUGAAGCAUCGCACAAAGAGUGAAAUAAAAAAACUCCUGCUUUUUUUUUAUAAUAAUUUGAAGCUGCUCGCAGACCUUCUCGCGAUGGACCACAGUAUUUCGACGAAAGGGUUCUUCCACGCUCGCAUGCCCUCUUUGCUGGCCGGCUCCUGGGGAAAGAUGUGCGCUUCGUGAGCUAUCGGUGUGGCAGAGCAUGCGCCGUUGAUCUCACACACCCCGCUAAGACUAUAGAAACUUGAAACAAAACCCGCUUGUUUGAAUUAUGGAACUCUCCAAUUCAUUCACUUGACAAUUUUCCUUCUCAAGUGGACACAGCCGCGCUCCCUUCAGUCGAUCGCUCUCAAGAGGUCAUCGUGAUCUCGGAGGGGUUUGCACGCGGCCAAGCUUGGCCAAGAGCAUCGGCAGCAGUUGCGUCCGACGGCUGGAACGGAGCGUUGAAGCCUUUUCCGAGUAGUCUCGUUGGGCCUGGCAAAGACGUCGCCAGCGGCGGCUUCCAGCUCAAACGAGCCAUCCGCAGCGCCGAUGAGGUUCAAACCGGAGCACCACGUAAGUCCUUUUUCAACAGGAUCUGCUCACACUGGCACUGUAUACCACAGACGUAUUAUCUACAUUAAGUGCAUUACGCAUUCUUUAAAAUUUGAUUGUCAUUUGGAGGGGGGGGGGGGGGGGGCAGGUCAGGGAAAAAAAAAUACUUCUCAUUAUUUAAUUGAUACUUUUAAACUUGUAAUCAGCCGAUAUGUGUUUUGCUUUUUAACAACUGUAGUCGAUAGUCCAAGUACCCAUCCAACCACGGGUGACCUCGACGCCACCGAUGAUUCCACGGUGCCCCAGUCACAUGACGUCACAAGUGACAGAUCCCCGUCACCAACGUGGGGUGGUGACGAGGCCCCCGUUGGCACCACCGCAGACACAGCGUCGCAAACCUCACCGGAGUCUCCCACGGCACAGGGAGGCCCGUUUCCCUCGACCGCUGAGCUAGCUGUUGUGUCGGAGCCUCCCACUGCCGCAGCGCAAGGAGUAGCCACAACACAAGGAGCAGCCACGACACAAGAAGAAGCCACAACACAAGAAGAAGCCACAACACAAGAAGAAGCCACAACACAAGAAGAAGCCACAACACAAGAAGAAGCCACAACACAAGAAGAAGCCACAACACAAGAAGAAGCCACAACACAAGAAGAAGCCACAACACAAGAAGAAGCCACAACACAAGAAGCAACAGCGCAAGAAGCUGUGACCCUCUCAAGUGUGACUGAAGCAAUCCCCGCGACAUCUCCAAGUGCCCCUGAGCACACCGUGCGAAUUGAAGGAACCAUGGCUGAAUAUUCUUCAUCUGCCGAGCCAACAGCAUCCUCACCACCAUCCCCGUCCACGCAGCGCACGGCGACCGCGCCGGACGGCCUUGCUUUUGCUUCCGUGACGCCUUCCGAGGUGGCAACUACCCAUGGCGUGGGAGAUGGUUCAGCCGGUACCACGGCCACUGUGCCCACAUUGACGGAUCUCACAGGGCCGCCCCCACGGUUCAGCGGCACGACAGAGCUCCCGGCUUCCACGGCAGCGUCUGGCAACUCCGCCACCGCCGCCCCCUCCCUCGAUGUCACGACGGAUGCGCCGCCGCUCGGCCACUUCACGGCCUCGGAGCCUCCUCCGAGUCCCAGUGCCCCGUCUCCGUCCACCGCCGUCGCCGCGGCCGUUGAGGUCCUCAAUUACACGGUGACAUCCGCCGCUCCUCCUGGCACCGACGAUGCCACCCGGUCCGAGCUUUCGGCCAGCACCGUAGCCGGGCACGUCACAGAGCCCGUGACGGAGAGGGCGACGGAGAGAAGCACUCUUGUCGGCGGGAUCGUCCCAUUCCGUGACUCUCUUGCGGAGUCCGUCUCGCAAACCACGCUCGUGCCGGUCGCCGAGGUCAUCGUGCCGGCGAGCGCCGCACCGCCAAACCAAAACCUGCAGGCCGUUCCUGCGCCGGGGCAUGCGGCGACGAUGGCGACGACGACGCCGGCUUCCGCGGGGAGCGUCUUUGCUGUCACCGUCUCGGAGUUGCUGGGGUCUGGUCCUGUGUCCUCGUCGGUUAAAGGUCCAAUAAAGUCCAGUAAGUGCGAGGUGUCGGGUGCUUGCACGUGGCUGGCACGUGCGUGCGUGUGUGCACCCCUCGGUGCUCGCAUGAGCUCCUUUCACAAGGUGUGGCCACCUUCAGGGACGGCUCGUAGACUGCCUCUUUUGAGUAUCAAAAGUCCCAUCGCUUUUGUUGUUGCCAUUGUUGUUGCUUCAUACGCAUUAUAAUUCGUGCGGGCUUGCAUCCGGAAGGUUCGUGAGUUUCAAGUCCCCCGGCUGUGGGUCAACUCCUCGGCCCUUUCCUUGCCUCUGCAAGUCAAUAAAAUGAACCCCGGAAAUCAACAAUGGUUGUCCCGUGAAAAGAUUCACUGGCCCCACCCAUGCCAUAGAAACAUGGAAUCUCCACCACCGGCUCAGGAAUGAGAAUGGGAAAAUUAGUACCGCUCCACGCUCAAUUGAGCAGCUUUAUGCGGAAUUCUAUUUGGGACAUUGGCGAAUUAACUUGUGAGCCCAUGUGACAUCGUCAUCAUCAUCCCACAUCUCCGCAAAGUGGUUUGCAUAAUUCGUGCCGGUGACCGGCUGCGGGGGCCCAGCCAAUGGACGCUCGGUGCCUUCGACCGGCCUCUCCGCGUGGCCAUCGGCAGCGCGCUGCUGCCGCGUGCGUCCUCUGUUGCUACACAGCCGCCAUGUGUGUACGUACGUACGCACGCACUGUACGUAUGUUGAACUUCUUUCGCGCCGUACGUAGCCAACCGUGCUAAUCGGAGGUGCGGGGGGAAGGACAACAAACUCGACACUAAAAGCAGUUUGUAAGAAGUGAGUUUUCAACCUAGAUGAUUUGAAAGUGCAUAGCUCCAGUGGCUUCCUACUAUCAGGAAGGGAGAGCGUUCCAGACGGCCGCAGAAACACAGCUGCGUGUGGCUGAUCGCUACGCCUCCUUUCUAGCAGCCCAAAAGGCGUGGGAUUGGGCCGGCUUUUUUUAGAGUGUGUGGCCAUGCAGUCGAAAAUUGGCGUCUCCGGGCUUGGGCUGCUCCACAGAUGACAUUUGAUGUCGCCCCGGCUUUCGGAAUAAUGCUGCCGCGCAAGGGGAUCGGCGGGUCUAUUCAGUGUGUGUGCGCGUGUGCUGCUGGAUUGGUGUUGGUUUUUUUGCACCGUUUUGGCGUUUGUUUGGAUUCAACCGGGCGCUCGUUGCUUCUUGCCCGUUUGAGAUGGAGUGCGGAGAGCGUCCCCCCC